AUGAGCUCAUCACAUCCUGGAGACACAAAAUUCACUCCCUCCCAGCAGGAUACUACUACGGACGGCGCCAACGCCAGUAGCAGCACAUCCAGAAACCGUCCUCAAACGCCAUACAACCUCUCCACCACCAGCGGUCCCACCUCCCCAGCAUCCCAAUACUCUGCUUCCCCCGCAUCCGUCUUCUCUCGCUCUGCCACUUCUCCCGCCACCACCCGCCCUUCCCAGCACCGGCCGUACGACCACGGGCGGACUGCCAGUAUCGCGACGGCCAUCACAGAGCCGGAUGUGGACCCACAGCUUGCAGCGCACCAGACGAAUAUACAGGACUUGGUGAAUCAGGGGCAUUUCAAUCCGCAUAAUGAGGAGGAGGAAGUUCAGGAUGAAAUUGGGGACUUUGUGGAUGAUAUGUUUCCGGAAGGGCAGGAUGAAGAGGGAGGUCAGGAUGGGGGUGGUGGGACGACGGCCUAG